CUGUGUUCUGUCUUCUGUUUCUGUGUACGUGACGUAGGUUUCAGUGACGUGGGGGUUAAAAUUAUUCACUAUUCAAUUUGCUUUUUUAAUUUUUUUAUAGUUUAUAAACUGUUUUUAAUUUGUUAAUUAUUUGUCUUCUCAAUUUUAUAAGUAAUAAUGGGUUCAUCUCAUAGUGUGGAAAUUCCCGGAGGGGGCACCGAAGGAUAUCACGUUUUGAGGGUACAAGAUGACUCCCCCGGGCAUGCCGCAGGGCUGGAAGCAUUCUUCGAUUUUAUUAUCGCUAUCGGAAAUACUAGACUGGAUCAGGACAACGACACACUGAAAGACCUGUUGAAGGCGAGCACAGACAAGGAGAUGAAGAUGACAGUUUACAGCAGCAAGACGCAGUCGGUGAGGCAGGUGUCUGUCACUCCGAGCACCAGCUGGGGUGGUCAGGGUCUGCUCGGCGUCAGCAUUCGAUUCUGCUCCUUUGAAGGCACCAACGAGAACGUCUGGCACAUCUUGGAAGUGCACCCUUCUUCACCGGCGGAACUAGCCGGCCUACAUGCGUUCACCGACUACAUAAUUGGCGCCGACUCGGUGCUGCAUGAGAGCGAGGACCUGUUCACAUUGAUUGAGGCGCACGAGGGCCGGCCACUCAAGCUCUAUGUCUACAACACCGAGCAGGACUCGUGUCGUGAGGUCACCAUCACGCCCAACUCAAACUGGAAGGGCGAAGGGAGCUUGGGUUGUGGCAUUGGCUACGGCUACCUGCAUAGAAUCCCAAUUCGCAGUCACCCUGUGGAACAUGCGCAGAUUGCGCUGCCCGGCACAAGACCCGGUCAAACAGCAUUCCCAACCGUAGGCCUACCUCCUUCAGCAAUUCCAGCAUCCAAUGUCACUCCUCAUCCAAAUGCAAUUACGGCUCCCACUUCAACUCCAACCGCCAAUACGGUGGUGAAUCCUCCACCGGUGCAGCAGCCAACACCGGCUCAACCGGUAGCCCCGCCUAAUCCGGCGCCCUUCCAACAGCAGAUCCCAGAAGGCACCAUUCCGCGCCAGUUUACAACGCCGCCACUUACAAACUACGCGCCAACCAAUGUGGUAAAUAGCAACUACAGUGUCGACAACAGCGCUAGCAUUCCUGCAGCGGUCAGUUUCGGUACUACUGCGAGUCCGUCGCACUACUUUCAGCAGCAACCGGCCACCACUUUCUCGACUGGUUAUGCGGCUGCGCCGGCCUAUCACAUCCAGCCGUCCAUGGCUCCCCCUCAUCCGGCCAUGAUGGGCGCAACUACCACUGUUCCCAGCUACGUGCCCGGCAUCGGAGGGCCCCAGAUGCAGCCGUUUGUAGUGAAUGGCCAGGACACUGCGGCAUCGUCGAGUGGCCAACACCCACUUCCGCCACGCAGCGGAGUGCACACUGUGGCCACAGCCAGUGGAGUCAUGCCAUCCAUGGCCAAUCUAGCCACCACCAGUCUCGCUACUCCAAGCAUCCCCCCUCUGUCAAUACCAGGAAUGCCGGUGACAACACCGAUCUCCCUGCCUGGAAUGCCCCCCAUCACAGUCAGCGCAACCCUGCCCUACGCCACCAUCGAAGCACUACAGAACCAUGGCCCUGACCCCAUGGCUGCUGCAACGCAAAAACCCAACAUCGUACCGCCUCCUCUGUCGGCUGCUCAGUAGAACAUAUUUACAAAUAUUAACAAUGAACACUACUCAACAUUCUAUUUAUGUUUAUUUAUCAAGUUCGAGGUAUUUAGCUGUGUAUGUAAAGGUUAUUUUCAAUACUAGAAUAAGAUGUGGAAGGUGUGGUUUGUGUUGUUUGAGACUGAUAAUGAAAGCGCAUCCAAACCUUGAGUGUAUACAGAAAAGUUUAUUGAAAAUGAGAGAAUUUUCGGCGAGUGUCACAUAGAAAACAAAACAAAUACUUACAUAAUUAUUGAAUCGUGAGCGGUGUAGAUUCUUGUUGAACGAAUUGCGACAGACCAAAAAUACGACCAAGAUUUAUGUUACAAAUAGCAGCAUACUAUUAUCUAUGGUUCUAGUAAUUGGCCUGGGAAGGAUCUACACUGGUUUAUAUUUUCAAUUAUUCAUGCUCGCAGUUUUGGACAAGCUCUUGUAAU